AUGGCAUUCAAAAAUGUUGAACCCGGGAAGAUAGAGAAUCUUCUCGCGACUUUGACUCUAGAAGAAAAGAUUACUUUGUUGGCCGGGAAGGAUUUCUGGCAGACUGUAGAUUUGCCAGAGAAGGGUGUCCCUUCUGUAAAGACCUCAGAUGGACCAAACGGGGCACGGGGUGCUGCUUUCAAAGGGGGCACAACAUCAGCAUGCUUUCCUGCAUCGUGCCUGCUGGCAGCAACAUGGGAUCGUCAAGCUGUCAGAAAAAUCGGAAGAGCACUCGCAGACGAGACACGAUCAAAAGGAGCAAGAGUUCUAUUGGCUCCCACCGUCUGCCCUCAUCGCCACCCCCUCGGAGGCCGCAAUUUCGAGUCCUUUUCUGAGGACCCGUUCCUAGCUGGGAAAAUGGCGGCGCAGUACAUCCACGGUCUGCAGGACAAUGGGGUUGCUGCUACCAUCAAGCACUAUGCCGUCAAUGAGCAGGAGACCUGUCGUUUCACCGUCAAUGAAAUUGUCGGAGAACGUGCUCUACGAGAAAUCUAUUUGAAACCCUUCGAAAUUGCCAUCAAGGAGGCUAAUCCUCUGGCCGUCAUGACAGCUUAUAACCUUGUCAACGGCACCCAUGCUGAUUCACACAAGUUCCUGCUACAGGACGUUCUACGGGGGCAAUGGGGUUGGGACGGCCUCGUCAUGAGCGACUGGGGGGGUACUAAUUCAACCGCUGACUCCUUAAACGCGGGUUUGGAUCUGGAGAUGCCCGGGCCACCGCGGUGGCGUAAAGUGGAAGAUGUGGUCGCUGCCGUGGAGUCUGGAGCCGUAUCGCACAAGACGAUCGAUGACCACGCGCGCAGGAUUCUUGAGCUCUUGACCAAGCUUAACUGCUUUGAAGAUCCGACCAUUCCAGAAGAACGGGCCAUCAAUCUGCCAGAGCAUCAACGUUUGAUCCGUUCCGUGGGUAGUCAGGGCGUCGUCCUUCUCAAGAACGAUGCAGCUGUGCUGCCUUUGAAAAAGGAGCGGCUGGCCAAUAAAAAGAUCGCCUUACUCGGCUUCGCGCGAGAAGGUCUUAUCCAUGGCGGUGGCAGUGCCAGUGUUAAUGCUCACUACCGUGUCACUCCAGAGGAAGGCCUUCGGGCUGCAUUGGGCGACACAGUGGAGUUUGACUUUGCUAAAGGUGCCAACACCUUCCGUCAGCUGCCUUUACUCGGCGAAGAUGUGGUGGGCCUAGGCGGAAAGCCUGGCUGGACGCUAGAAUUCUUCAACGAGGAGGAACCCACUGGCAAGCCGGCUUCGACAAGCGAUAGUGCGCUACCUACUUAUAUACCCAUCUUUGUCAAGGAGAAGUGGGGAAGCCUUCGAGCUACUGCCCGUUUCACGCCCUCGCACAGUGGGAACCACUACUUCGGCAUGUCUGGGCUGGGACCUUCGAAGGUUAUGAUCGACGGGAAGCUACUCUAUGAUCAGAGGGACAAUUGCCCGGACUCUAUGGCGUUUCUCUUGGGGGGCGUGGAAGAGCCCGAAGUUCAAUUCAGUUUCGAGGCCGGCACGACCUAUACCAUUGAAGUCAUAACGGUCAAGCCCAGCUCUAAAAGCGGGCUUGCUAUGCUCGACGGUUUGAUCGGUUUCCGCCUCGGAUUCAUGACAGAGCAGGAGCACGACCGAGACUUGCUUUCGGAAGCAGUUGAGGUGGCCAAAAGCUCUGACAUUGCUAUCAUUUUCACUGGCCAUACACCCGACUGGGAGACGGAAGGCCAGGAUCAAAAGAGCUUCCAUCUUCCUAGCAAUGGCUCCCAGGACCGGCUGGUAGAAGCAGUUGGCGCCGCAAACCCCAACACCAUCGUCGUCAACAGCACCGGAGUCGCAAUAGCUAUGCCUUGGCUGGGCAAGGUCAAGGCCGUUGUUCAAGCCUGGUUCCCGGGCCAGGAAGCGGGCAAUACCAUUGCCGAUAUUCUUGUGGGAGCAGCCAACCCUUCCGGCCGACUGCCAAUGUCCUUCCCCCACAGAGUCGAGGAUGCUCCCGCACAUGGCAACUUCCCAGGUGAGUAUGUCGAGAACGAUGGCAACCGCCAACUCCAGGUCCAGUACGCGGAAGGUGUUUUUGUCGGGUAUCGACACUACGACCGAUCGGAAGAAAACCGUGGCAAGGUUCUUUUCCCAUUCGGCUAUGGUCUAUCCUAUACCACUUUUGCGCAUGCCAACCAUAAGGUGGACGUGACCAGUGAUGGCACUGUUCAAGUGAGCAUGGAUGUGACAAACACUGGCUCUUAUGCUGGGGACGAUGUUGUUCAAGUCUACGCUGGCAGCAAGGAGGUGGUCCCCGAGAAUCCGGUCAAAGAACUUGUUGGUUUUGUAAAGGUCCAUCUGGAGCCGGGCGAGACCAAGACUACUAGUAUUGAUUUUGAUAUUUAUCAGCUUGCACACUUCAGCGAACAGAGUGGCAAGUGGGAAUUGCAAGCUGGUGACUAUCAGGUGUCAACCGGUAAGUCCGUGACAGAUAUUACCGCACAGGCCAUAAUUACACUUGGACCUGAGCUUUGCAGAAUGCUAGAAGAGAAGACUCGAGAUGCGCGCGUGGGUACAAAGCUGUGA